UUGUGUGGUUUUCCACAGGAAGAAGACGUGUACUUUUGAUAUACUCCAGCCUUGAAGAUCUUUGAAAUACACAGCUAAUGCACCAUAUACUUCACACAACUAUAUUUGUUCACGGUUGACUGAAAGAACUGUGAGAGUAAAGUAAUUCCCGGAGAGACAUGGCGGACACAAGGAUAGUGUGUGAAGUGUGUAAGAAGGAAUUUAGUGGAAGAAUUCCAGCUCAGCAACACUUCGAAAGCAAAACUCACCAGAAGGCUGUACGAAAUAAAGAACUUAUUGAAAGCUCCCAGCUUUCUCCUCAAUUUAAAUGUGACAUUUGUGAUGUAAUUAUGAACUCCAAUGAAGUAUAUAGGAGACACAUGAGUAGCCCCAAGCACCUUGAAAAGGCCAAAAGGGCGAAAACCAUUGAGAGUUACGGUUGUAUUUCAACUGUACAGAUACCCCAACAUGAAGGGAAGGAGUACGCCUUCAAUGGAGAAAGAGGAUUUUGUUAUAUUUGUAAUAUAGAACUUACUUCUAGAGCAGUGGCCGAUCAGCAUAUCAACGGUGAAAAGCAUGCCAAGAAAAAAGUUGCUAUGACGUAUAACCAUGUAUCCAGUCUCGCCAGGGAUACCUGUAAUGCCUGUGGACAGAGAUUCUCAAGUCAACAAGAAGCCGAGGCCCAUUUUGCAGGCAAAAGUCACAGGGAAAAGAUGGCAUCUUUGGGACACCUUCCAAAUUCAAUGGACACAACAGAAGGAAACCCAACUUUGAGUACAGCUAUGGAGACGUCUAACUACCCUACAGAGAAUCUGGCCUGUUUACCAACAGGAGCUGAAGUCAGAAGGCCUGGGUAUGGAAGGGAAAUACCUUGUCGGGCCCCGACCAAACCUACCACUGUUGAUGGAGUGUACGAGUUUGAUGGUAAGACUGGUCAUUGUCAUAUAUGUAAUGUAGCCUUGACCUCUGAGGAGAAUGCUAAUGCUCAUUUGAAGGGAACUCGUCACAGGAAAGCUUUGGUGAAAAGUGGAGUAGAAAAAGUGAGAGAUCUUAAAGUAUCAGACUCACAAGAGUAUUACUUCAACGGAGAUCGUGGCAAAUGUUUGGUUUGUGACAUUGAAUUCACAUCAGAACGCCAUGCUCAGGAUCAUCUGUCUGGAACAAAACAUACUAAAGCUGUCCAGAGACAGGCAGAGAGCCAGCAUACUACCGAUACACAGGAAUAUGAGAUGAGUGGUACGAGAGGAUAUUGUAAUGUAUGUCAGAUAGAACUGUCAUCCUCACAACAUGCUACUGAACACAUCGCUGGUAAACCUCACGCAAAGGCAAGAGCUGCAUGGGAAGGUAGGAAACAGACUCAAAGUCAAGGAAUUCCAUCGCCACCUUCAGCUAUGGGGGAUAGAUUACAGGAGGUACAGCCAGUUUCUCCGGGACGACCUGAUGUUAGUCCUUGGUACAUUUCAGCUGAAAGGCAGAGGUCUGAUGUUUCAGAAAGUUCAUCAACAUUAAAGGAUAUCAUUGAAAUUAAAGCUAGUGAAAACAUAAAUCAGCAUGAUCAGAUUCCUAAUUCAUCUGGCAGUGAAGUGUUUGAUGGAAGAAACAUUGCUGCAUCUGAUAGCCAGGAUUACUGGUUCAAUGGUCACGCUGGACACUGUAAUCUGUGUUCAAUUGACCUCACGUCCCGGGCUCAUGCCAUGCAGCACAUCAGUGGUAAAAACCAUAAAAAGGCGAAACAGAGAAAUGAGAACAUCAGUUCAGUGGAUGACAACUUGUAUUGUAAAAUCUGUAAAGUACCAUUCUCUGGUCAGGAGAGUGCCAAGCAGCACUAUGCCAGUGAGAAGCAUAUAAAACGGGAACACAUCAAAGGGACACACUCUACUGUAGAAUCUUCUGUUUCUGCUCCAGGACAGAAAGCUAUGGACAAUACCAACUGGUACCCUUGCUUUGUUUGUGGGUGUUAUCUGAACUCAAAAGAGCAAUUGGAGAUUCAUGAGCAGAGUGUGAGUCACAGAGCUGCUACGGAGGGGUUAAACUCUCUCGGAUUUCAGGAGACUUUGGUGAUGACCUCUGAUGACUCUAGGGAAGAAAGGAUUGUAAGAGUCACCAAAAACAGUUUGGGAACUGGUCAGACACCUGAGAUGUUUAAUACUAGCAGGUCACCAAGUGACACUGUAGUCAGUGGUAUGAAAUUUGAACCCAUUUCUUUGGACCAACUUGAAAAUUUAGACCCUGCCUCUCUAUCAUGUACUACUAAUGGUGUCGGGGAAUACGAUGAAACACUAACAAAAUCGGUUUACCAUUCUGAACAGCCAGAUCAAUUCAGCACUUCUAAAAUGAUUUCAAAUUUAUGUUCAGGAAUUCCAAAGGAGAAAGAAAUCAACAAACCUAGUAUCAUGUCUCAAAUAAGUAAGAAUAGUGACAGCAGUGCUGUAGGGCUGUCAAGGUCGGCUUCAAGGUCGGCUUCAAGGUCGGCUUCAAUGUCACCCAGUGUUGGUCCCGAUUCACAGAAACAUACAGGCUCUCAUAGAGAUGGUACCAUAGUUUAUCACGAUAUGUCUAGUGAGAGUGGCCACUCAUCAAGUCUGAGUGGUCAUUCGUCCAAUCUCAGUGGUCAGUCCUCACUAGGAAGUGACCGUGAUAACAGGAUGCCCAGCCUUGAGCCAAUAGAUGACUUACCAGAGCUUGUGUCCAUAUGUACAAGUAUGUCGGAACUGAAGAUUAAAAAGGAUAUAUGCAAUACUGAGAAAAAGUGUGUUGAUGUGAAUGACUUCAGGAGGAAAAAAGAAGGCAGAGAAAAACAGAAGAUUGAGAUCACCACUUCUGGCCAUGUCCCUGUUCCUCGGAAGGCUAUUGACAUAUCGGAUAUGGACUCACUUGACAGUACAAGUUCAAGUGAACAUACGUCAGGAGGACAGACACGCAGAGGGGAGGGAACAGACUCGGCAAGAGCUGUUAGGAACAGAACUGGUCGCAGGAAAACAAGUCGCGACAGAAGUGUCUCAAUGGAGUCGGAAUCUGAUCCCGAUAAAGAUGCUGACAGCAGCGUGGAAAGUUGUCAAUCUGCCGGUCUGUCAAAAAAUCACACCAAGUUAAUGUCCCUUAUCAGCAAGAAACUAAAAGAUGUUCCUCAGAGAUCAACACCCCCAAACCUGACUGAAACAGAAAAAUCAGUUUCCAAAAACUACAGACAUUAUUGCUCUACAUGUAAAGUUCCUAUGGAUACAGAAAAAGCUUUCAAUGAUCAUCUGAGGGGCAAGCUUCACCGCCAGAAAUCUGCAAAAGAACCAGCAACAAAUCGUGAGCAUCCAGCCCUGAUUAAAACGAUGAGAAUACAGGAUGAACACAGGGGUCAAACUGGCUUCACAGAAACUGUUCCGAGAAGUUACCAGUGGGAACUGUUCAGAAAGGUCCUAGCUGGGGAUCGCAUUUGCUUCCUUCCAACAGGGACGGGUAAGACACUGAUCGGGUGUAUGGCAAUAGGUGCCAUGCUGGAAUUAAACCCUACCUACCAGGUCCUGUUUCUCGUCACCAAAGUUCUCCUCGUCUUACAGCAGGCCAAGUACAUCAAGAGACAAUUGGGCAGUCGCAAAUUCAGAAGGUUUGAUCCCGACGACCCCUCCAAGCAAAUCGUGCGGGAGCUGAAAAUCGCUGAGCUGUGUGGUGGGCAACAGUCGACAGGAGGGGUACCACUCUGGCAGCAUGACAUCAUCGUUGCCACGGCAGCCUUUUGUGAAAACAUGUUGACGGAUGUCGUUCUGCGUUGGGAGGAUCAGUGCCUGGUGGUUUUUGACGAGGCCCAUCACUGUAAUAAGAAUCACUCCUACAACAACCUGAUGGCCACACAUCACUUCCAGAGACCUGAACCAUCUCGCUGUAAGGUACUGGGCCUCACAGCAUCACCAGCUGGUAAAAACAAUUACUCCAUGACUGUUGACAUGUUACGACAACUACAGAUCAAUUUAGGUGAUUCACAUAUUGCUGUCGUCGAGGACGAAAAGGCGGAGCUGCAGGCAUUCAUGUCCAAUGCUAAAAUUCACAUUGCAGUGAUGGAAACAACAGCCAUCGAGGAAGAGUUUCAGCGUGAUCUCAGGGUGUAUUUGUUACAGUGCUACAUGAGGCUUGCUGCUGAAACCAACAUCACAGAACACAGCAACCUAGGAUUGACGGGGGUCAGUAGGUCGCUCGGUACAGACGACCUUCAGAGACAUGCCCAAGACCUGACUGGCGACGUCAUGGACGAACUACAGGCGCUGAUAGCUAUGGCAAAACCUAAUACAGCAGGUGUAGAUAAGAGAAUUGAAGUUCAGAAUUUGAUAGGACACAUACAAUGUAUUUGUAUGGCAAUCAGUGUGGCAGCAGAGGUUGGAACUUCUGAGGCUUUGGAAGAGUUACAGAUUCUCAUGGCGACCAAUCUGAACCAAGACUUCGAGUUUGCUAAACAAAUUAGUCUGCCUUGUGAGAACAUUCUACGUUCAAUUGAGACACAGCAACGAAUCCUGAAAUCUAAUCUAAAAUCACUUAAUGAAUCUGUUAACCAAGAAAUGUCGUCAAGUGUCAAAUGUCUGAUGCAGCAACUGAUGAAUCAGAACUACAUACAGUGGAAUGAUGGUCACAGAGGACAACCACUGGCCCUCGUCCUCGUCAAACAAAGGGCUACAGCUACUAAACUGCACACAGUUUUAAGGAAUCAUCCUGAGAUAGUACAUAGGAGCUUAUCUGUAGAGAAGAUUGUCGGGCAUGGGGCUGCAGCAGCUGAACCUGGAAUGUCUGUUGCUCAGCAGCGCAAGGUAUUAGAGGAAAUUAAGGAUCACAAGCACCAGAUUGUCAUAGCAACAGCUGUUGCUGAGGAGGGGAUAGAUCUACCGGAAUGUGAGCUUGUGGUCUCCAUGAACCCACCAUCAACCAUGACAGCUCUGGUGCAGAUGCGAGGGCGUGCACGAAAACGGGACAGUCAUUUUGUUAUUGUGUGCAAUGACAGUAAAGAGGAGGCCAAGCUGAGUGACCUGCUGGCUAGAGAACAAAAUAUGAUAAAAGCUGCCAACUUCUUGGUGCACAGUCAAAAAAGGCAACAAGCUAUGGAAGUUGGGAAUCAGAAACUAUAGAUGGCAGAUAAUCAUAUUUUGCCCCAUGAAUAGGAAAUACUAUUAUCGUCCAACUUAACUUAAGUACCUGUUUAAAAACAGUCAAAAUAUUUCUGCAGUGGACGAUUUAAUUAGAAUUGUUUGAAUGUCCAGAAAACAAUUUUAUAUUAAAAUGAAUUACCAGUUCAUGAGGAAUAUAAUUUCAGGAUAAUGAUGAAUUUUUGUCAUGGGAAAGGUUUCUUCGAAACAUUGGAUGCCCUAAUUAUUCUAGCAAUCUUUGCUGAUUCAUUUCAGUUUGGAUUUUUUUCAUCAUUUGAGAGCAGCUUUCUGCAUGUUUGACCACAUAUCUAUAUCAACUGAUGCCAAGGAUGUGUCUAACCACAUAUCUAUAUCAACUGAUGUCGAGGAUGUGUCUGACCACAUAUCUAUAUCAACUGAUGUCGAGGAUGUGUCUGACCACAUAUCUAUAUCAACUGAUGUCGAGGAUGUGUCUGACCACAUAUCUAUAUCAACUGAUGUCGAGGAUGUGUCUGACCACAUAUCUAUAUCAACUGAUGUCGAGGAUGUGUCUGACCACAUAUCUAUAUCAACUGAUGUCGAGGAUGUGUCUGACCACAUAUCUAUAUCAACUGAUGUCGAGGAUGUGUCUGACCACAUACAUAUAUAUAUCUAUAUCAACUGAUGCCGAGGAUGUGUCUGACCACAUAUCUAUAUCAACUGAUGUUGAGGAUGUGUCUGACCACAUAUCUAUAUCAACUGAUAUCGAGGAUGUGUCUGACCACAUAUCUAUAUCAACUGAUGUUGAGGAUGUUAUAGAAAAGCACUAGAAGGUGUGCAUUGGUCAGCAGUGAUUUCUGGUGGGAAGGAAGCUGAUGUCAUUGUAUCUCUACAAACACAAUCAUUGCACAUCUGAAUUUAAAGAGAGACUAGUGUUGUUUACUUUCUAACUUUUGUUUCACUUAUGAUUCUUAACCAUAUUCUUGUAGUGUUAUGAUCUAAUUUUUAAUUUUUUUUUAGAGGAUAAAAAAUCUUGUUCCUUUUUGAAAUCAAAUAAAGUUUUUCCUUGUUUAAAUCAAAUAAUCUGAGAAAUUUUAUUGAGGUUCCAGAUAGAUUGUUUGUUAUUUAUGGAAAUUUGUGAGUUUAUUGAAUCACCUUACACGAGGGGAAAGUGCCAUAUGAACUUGUGUGAUGAUGCAGUAUCCGUCGUCCAUGUCCAGCAAUUCCAAUCGAUCUAUAAUCUGUGUUAAUCAGUAACAACUUUACUAUGACUUAGUGAUAGUGAGUCAGUGGUGUGUUUAGUGAUAGUGAGUCAGUGGUGUACUAAGUGAUAAAUGAGUCAGUAUUGUGUUAUAAUGAGUCAGUGUUGUGUUAAGUGAUAAUGAGUCAGUGGUGUGUUUAGUGAUAGUGAGUCAGUGGUGUACUAAGUGAUAAUGAGUCAGUGGUGUGUUAUAGUGAGUCAGUUGUGUGUUAUAGUGAGUCAGUGGUGUGUUAUAGUGAGGCAGUUGUUUGUUAAAGUGAGUCAGUGGUGUGAUAGUGAGUCAGUUGUGUGUUAUAAUGAGUCAGUUGUGUGUUAUAGUGAGUCAGUGGUGUUAUAGCGAGUCAGUUGUGUGUUAUAGCGAGUCAGUGGUGUGUUAUAGCGAGUCAGUGGUGUGUUAUAGUGAGCCAGUGGUGUGUUAUAGCGAGUCAGUGGUGUGUUAUAGUGAGUCAGUGGUGUGUUAUAGCGAGUCAGCGGUGUGGUAUAGCGAGUCAGCGGUGUGGUAUAGUGAGUCAGUGGUGUGUUAUAGCGAGUCAGUGGUGUGUUAUAGUGAGUCUGUGGUGUGAUAUAGUGAGUCAGUGUUGUGUUAUAGCGAGUCAGUGGUGUGUUAUAGCGAGUCAGUGGUGUGAUAUAGUGAGUCAGUGGUGUGUUAUAGUGAGUCAGUGGUGUGUUAUAGCGAGUCAGUGGUGUGUUAUAGCGAGUCAGUGGUGUGGUAUAGCGAGUCAGUUGUGUGCUAUAGCGAGUCAGUGGUGUGUUAUAGCGAGUCAGUGGUGUGUUGUAGCGAGUCAGUGGUGUGAUAUAGCUAGCCAGUGGUGUGUUAUAGCUAGUCAAUGUUGUGUUAUAGUGAGUCUGUGGUGUGUUAUAGUGAGCCAGUGGUGUGUUCUAGCGAGUCAGUGGUGUGUUCUAGCGAGUCAGUGGUGUGUUAUAGCGAGUCAGUGGUGUGAUAUAGCGAGUCAGUGGUGUGAUAUAGUGAGUCAGUGGUGUGUUAUAGCGAGUCAGUGGUGUGAUAUAGCGAGUCGGUGGUGUGAUAUAGCGAGUCAGUGGUGUGAUAUAGCGAGUCAGUGGUGAGUUAAAUUGAAUGACCUUUUACCACUGUCCAGGACUCAAUGAUGCCAACAGGAUUGGAUAACAGGUGAGCAAUAUAGGCUGAUUUUGACUCUGUUUUUUUUUAAAUGUGUUUGAUAUGUUUUACACGCUGUACGCCAUGUUUUAUCAUUUUAAAAGCAAGAAAUGCUAAUUAUGA